UCUGGUUCUGUCUAUUUUCGGUUUGUCUCACUUCUUCCUUUCCCGUCCAUACUCUUCUUCUUCUUCUAGCCUCAUCCACUUCUUCUUUCCUUAAUCGUCAUCAGCUUUUCCUUCACUCGUCAACACAAUCUACCAUUUCUUCGAUCACCGUAAUUUCAAUCUCAGCCCUUCCGGUCUCUAAUCUCCAUCACUCGUACUAACCUACUCAGCCGAAGCUAGCUCCCCAAUUACUUGCACUAUUAUAUUACAGGCGUUCCCUGUUGGACAUCGCCGGCGGUGGUGGUGACGAGAAGGACGAGGACAUGAGCUUCAGAGAAGAAAACGAUGAUGGGAGGGAUCUUCGCAAGCCGUUCCUCCACACAGGGAGCUGGUACCGGAUGAGUUCUAGGCAAUCUAGUAUGAUGGACAAGCUCGGCUCUUCUGCUUACGUCAUUCGUGAUAAUUCUAUUUCUGUUGUUCUCUGCGUCCUCAUCGUCGCCUUGGGUCCUAUUCAGUUUGGCUUCACCGGUGGGUAUUCUUCCCCUACGCAAUCCGAUAUAAUCAGCGAUCUCAAGCUUUCACUAUCCGAGUUCUCUGUAUUUGGUUCCCUAUCAAAUGUUGGCGCAAUGGUUGGGGCAAUUGCCAGUGGUCAGAUUGCAGAGUACAUUGGGCGAAAAGGGUCGUUGAUGAUUGCUUCCAUUCCCAAUAUCAUCGGGUGGCUCGCCAUAUCUUUUGCCAGAGAUUCUUCGUUCCUGUUCAUGGGAAGAUUGUUGGAAGGAUUCGGUGUAGGAGUAAUCUCAUAUACUGUUCCUGUGUAUAUAGCAGAAAUAGCACCUCAGAACAUGAGAGGGGGCCUUGGAUCCGUGAAUCAGCUCUCUGUCACAAUAGGAAUGAUGCUCGCCUAUCUUCUGGGGCUUUUUGUUCACUGGAGAGUUCUUGCAGUUUUAGGAAUCUUACCUUGCACAAUAUUGAUUCCUGGCCUAUUUUUCAUCCCUGAAUCUCCAAGAUGGCUGGCAAAAAUGGGUAUGAUGGAAGAUUUUGAAGCUUCUUUGCAAGUUCUACGGGGAUUUGAUACAGAUAUUUCUGUUGAAGUUAAUGAGAUAAAGAGGUCUGUAGCAUCAACAACUCGUCGAACUACCAUUCGGUUUUCAGAUCUUAAGCGAAAAAGAUAUUGGUAUCCUUUGAUGGUAGGAAUUGGAUUGCUUGUGCUGCAACAACUGAGUGGAAUCAAUGGUGUUCUGUUCUAUUCUAGCACCAUUUUCAAAGCUGCUGGUCUUUCAUCAACCAACCUUGCAACCCUUGGACUUGGUGUAAUUCAGGUUAUUGCAACUGGAGUUACAACGUGGUUGGUUGACAAAGCUGGUCGUCGGCUUCUUCUUAUAGUCUCUUCUUCUGGAAUGACUGUUAGCCUUCUCCUUGUUGCAGUUGUCUUCUAUUUAAAGACUGGUAUAUCUGAAGAUUCCCAUCUUCAUAGUUUGAUGGGCAUAUUGUCACUGGUUGGACUAGUGGCGUUGGUGGUUUUCUUUUCUCUCGGAAUGGGAGCUAUUCCAUGGGUUAUUAUGUCUGAGAUACUUCCGGUGAAUAUUAAGAGUCUUGCUGGUAGUACAGCAACUUUGGCCAACUGGCUCACAUCCUGGGCGAUCACAAUGACUGCAAACUUGCUUCUAAAUUGGAGCAGUGGAGGAACCUUCACCAUUUACACAGUUGUGAGUGCUUUCGCUGUAGUGUUUGUGGUACUCUGGGUGCCUGAGACCAAAGGGAGAACAUUGGAAGAAAUCCAGUGGUCGUUCAGGUGAGUUUUUGUUGGAAAAUCGGGGUUUUGAAGACCUGUGCUUGCACAUAGUGUGUAAAAGAAAACUUGUUUCAUGAUCUGGCAUAGUAUAUCUUACAUCAAUCACUGUAUGCAAGUCCAAGUGUUUAGUGUUGAUCUAUUACAAUCCAGCUCCGUAAUCCAUUUGUAUGAUGAGGAGUAUUCCAUGAAUAACAGAUUGGCCAAUCUUUUUUUUUUUUUA